AUGCCUCGUGACUUGGCGAGUACUAUUCGCAUCCUCGUUGCUACCGACAGCCAUGUAGGAUAUGAAGAGCGAGACCCCGUCCGAAAGGACGAUUCGUGGAAGAGCUUUGAUGAGGUUCUGUGUCUAGCGAAGGAGCAAGAGGUCGAUAUGGUUCUGCUUGCUGGCGACCUGUUUCAUGACAACAAGCCAUCUAGAAAGUCAAUCUACCAAGUGAUGCGUUCUCUUCGACAAAACUGUUUGGGCGAGAAACCUGUGGAGCUGGAGUUUCUUUGUGAUGCCAAUGAUGUCUUCGAUGGUGCUUUCAAUCAUGUCAACUACGAGGACCCCGAUAUCAAUGUUGCUAUUCCGGUUUUCUCCAUCCACGGCAAUCACGAUGACCCUACAGGAGACGGUCAUUUAUGUUCUCUCGACCUGCUCCAAGUCUCGGGACUGCUCAACUAUUUUGGACGCACACCGGAGUCUGACAAGAUCGAUAUCAAGCCGGUCCUUCUGCAGAAGGGUAAUACCAAGCUCGCACUCUACGGCAUGAGUAACGUCAGAGAUGAGCGCCUUUAUCGGACAUUCAAUAGUGGCGGUGUAAAGUUCUUCAAGCCCACUGUUCAACCGAACGACUGGUUCAACUUGAUGGCUGUUCACCAAAACCAUCAUGCCCAUACCGAGUCCGGAUACUUGCCAGAAGGAUUCCUGCCCCAAAUGCUUGAUCUUGUUGUCUGGGGUCACGAGCACGAAUGCAUCAUCGAUCCGCGUCGUAAUUCUGAAAUGGGCUUCGACGUUAUGCAACCUGGAUCUUCAGUGGCAACAUCUCUGUGCCCAGGAGAGGCAGUGGCCAAACACGUUGCUAUCGUCGAGAUCACAGGUAAAAACUAUGUUGUCAAGAAGCAUCGAAUCAAAUCCGUCCGGCCAUUUAUUCACGAGGAGAUAGUUCUUUCUCAAGACGAUCGAUUUAAGAACUUGGCAAGAGUCAAAAAUCACAAGAGUCAGUUGACCAAGAAGUUGGCAACCGUUGUCAAUGAGCUCAUUGCGCAGGCAAAGGCGGAGUGGCUUGAGAUUCAGGAUCCAGAUGAACCUCCAGAGGAGAUCCCUCUGCCACUCGUUAGGCUCCGGAUCGAGCAUUCGGCACCAGACGGUGGAAAAUUUGAGAUUGAGAAUCCUCAGCGGUUCUCCAAUCGAUUUACUCAGGUUGUGGCAAAUAGGAAGGACGUGGUACAAUUCUACAGAAAGAAGACAGCUACCCGAAAUGCCAAUACCGAUGAUAAGGACAUGCCUGAUGCUGAGACCCUAGCUGCUAUCAGCAACGAUAAUGUCAAGGUGGGCAAAAUCGUCCAGGAAUUCCUUGCGGCACAAUCACUCAAGAUUCUCCCUCAAGAGCCUUUUGGAGAUGCCGUUACCCAGUUUGUGGAGAAGGACGACAAGCAUGCUAUGGACACCUUCGUCGUCGAUAGUCUUGCUACCCAAGUUCGGGAAUUGCUAGAGUUGGGAGAAGACCAUGAAGAUCUUGAAGAGGUCAUGGGAAGCUUGCGCGAGAAGGCGGCUGCCGCAUUCAAGACUGGUGCCAAGAAGACUAAGAGAAAGGGAGUUUUGAAGCCAAAGCCCCAUGGCUGGGAUUCUGAUGCUGAAGGUGAACACUGGGAGGAUCAGCCUGGAGCACAUGUCUUUGUGGAGGAUGACGAGAAUGACAGCCCGAAAACAGCCACAAAGCGUGGUGGAAAAAAGGCUGUGGGUAGCGACGAUGAUGACGAGCCCGUGGUCUCGGCUAAGUUCAAGACGAAAAGUUUACCCAAGAGAGCUCCAGCUAAGAGAGCUCCAGCAAAGCCAAAGGGGCCGGUGAAGCCAAAGGCUCCUGCGAAGCGUAAGAGGGCUCAGGAUGAUAGUGACGACGACGAAGUCAUAAUACCUGACGAUGAGCCGCCUCCGGUAGCGAAAUCACAACCACGAAGAGCUGUCGCAACUAUAGCGAAGGCUCGACAGACGCAGCUCAGUUUCUCUCAGCCUCAGCCUAAGUCGCAAAAGGCAAUUGAGUUGAGCGACGACGAGAUCUCGGAUGAGGAUGCAUUCGAGCCGGUCGCUUCUCCUAAGAAGAGAUGA